AUGUUGAGAGCUUCCUUAAGAUCCUCAGUGAGAUCGUUUCACUCCAACCGAGUAUACAAUGCUGCCACCAUAUUCAGAAUGCCAGCCAUGUCUCCUACUAUGACUGAAGGUGGGAUUGUUGCCUGGAAAUUGAAGUCAGGGGACAAGUUUGCAGCUGGUGACGUUUUGGUCGAAGUUGAAACUGAUAAAGCUACAAUUGACGUCGAGGCACAAGAUGAUGGGGUUAUGUGGGACAUUUUAAAGAAUGAUGGGGACAAAGCAAUCCCUGUAGGUCAACCAAUUGCUUACCUUGCAGAAGAAGGUGAUGAUUUGAGCAGCUUGGAAAAGCCAAAGGAUGAUCAGGCCGCAGCUCCAAAAGAAGAACCAAAGAAGGAGGAGCCAAAGAAAGAGGAGCCAAAGAAAGAAGAACCAAAGAAAAAAGAAGAACUGAAGCCUGCCUCUUCCUCCUCUUCUUCUUCUUCCUCAGUCUUCUCUGCAGCAAACCCAAAGCAAAAAUUCUCGCCUGCCGUUGAACUCUUGCUUCAUGAACAUGAGAUUUCCAAUGAAGAUGCUCUUUCCAAGAUUCAAGCCUCUGGUCCAAAGGGUAGAAUAUUGAAGGGUGACGUUUUGGCGUACAUAGGAGAAAUCAAGCUCGAUGCCGUUUCUAAGAUUGCUGAAUGGAUCAAAUCAAAAGAACAUUUGGACUUGUCCAACGUUGUAUUGGCCGAAAAGAAGCCAGAACCAAAGAAGGAAGAUACUAAGGUAGCAGAAGAACCAGCUAAGCCAACCGAUAUCUUAGACUUAUCUAUCACUGUAGACUUGACUCAAUUUGAUGGAUUAAGCGGCUUCAAAUCUUAUGCUCCUUUCUUGAUUAAAGAUGCUACAUCCCUUGCAUAUCAACGUAAAUUCCCUCAAUUCAGCGAGGGCCCUACUUCGAUCCCCUCGAGCGGUGAUUUGUUCGAUGAGUUGGUGUCUCCUUCGGUUACGGAACUGAGAUUUGAGGUUACCAAUGUCAAGUUCGAUCAUUGGGAAGAAAUCUCAGAUAUUCCAGUCAAAUCUGUGCAAUCCAGCCAAGCGCCUGACGAUUUGUUUGAUGAAAUCAUUGGCAGCUCCCCUACAAGUACGUCUACACCUGCAUUGGCAAAGAGCAACUCCCUCGUAGACCUUGAGCUUACCGUCAAGAUCAAUGAGAAAUUGUCCGAUUCCAAAGAAUUCAUCAGCUAUUUCGAAGAAGCUUUGUAUGAAUUAUUGGAGCCAGUUGAAAAAGAAUCAGUUUAG